UGAGUUUCAGCACUGCUAGAGACACAGGACGUCUUUUACGUCUCCAACACAUCUCCCCUGCGUCCCUCUGAGCCAGCAUGGCGCACCGAGCCGAGGAGGACCUCCACUGUCCCGUGUGCAUGGAGAUCUUCAGAGACCCGGUCAUCCUGCCCUGCAGCCACAGCUUCUGUAAGAACUGUCUGCAGAGCUGGUGGGCUGAGAAAGACAUCCGGCAGUGUCCCCUCUGCAAGGACGUGUCCAACAAGAAGGACGCACUCUGCAACUUGGCGCUGAAGAACCUGUGCCAGACGUUCCUGUCGGAGCGGGCUCCGAGCGCGCGGGCGGACGUGUGCUACGUGCACGGGGAGAAGCUGAAGCUGUUCUGUCUGCAGCACGAGGAGCCGGUCUGCUUGGUCUGCAGGGACUCCGACAGACACAAAGACCACCGGUUCAAGCCCCUGGACGAGGCGGCGCUGCAGCACAAGACAGAGCUUCGAGACGCCCUGAGGGCCCUGCAGGACAAAAUGAAGCUCUUCAGCCAGUUCAAGGAGAAGUUCCAUCAAACGGCCGAGCACAUCAAGGUCCAGACCCGCCUCACCGGGGUCCAGAUCAAAGAGGGCUUCAAGAAGCUCCACCGCUUCCUGGAGGAGGAGGAGAAGCUGCGGCUGGCUGCUCUGAUGGAGGAGGAGCAGCAGAAGAGCCGGGUCAUGAAGCACAAGAUGGAGGCUCUGAAAGCAGCCAUGGUGGCUCUUUUGGACACCAUCAAAACCACCGAAGAAGAACUGAGAGCAUCAGACGUCUCAGUCCUGCUCAAGUACCGGACCAUCGUGGAGCGGGUGCAGCACUGCCCCCCGCUGGACGACCCCCAGCUGGUCCCGGGAGCGUUGAUCGAUCAGGCCAAACAUCUGGGCAACCUGGGCUUCAACAUCUGGACCAAGAUGAAGGACCAGGUCUCCUUCACUCCUGUGAUCCUGGACCCGAACACGGCGAGCCCAGAACUGGUCCUGUCGGAGGAUCUGACCACCGUGAGGUGUGGCAGGAAGCGGCAGCUUCCAGAGAACCCGGAGAGGAUCACCGGUUUCUGCUCCGUCCUGGGCUCGGAGGCCUUUGGCUCCGGGACCCACAGCUGGGUGGUCUGCGUGGAGAACCAGAGCCGGUGGGAGCUGGGGGUGCUGCAGGAGUCCGCCCAGAGGAAGAGAGACCUGUGGUCUGGACUGUGGAGGGUCCAGCUGUGUGACGGGAAACACCAAGCCAUCUCCCCACCUCGGACCUCCGUUCUACUGGCCGUGGAGGAGCUCCGGAGGGUCCGGGUGGACCUGGACCUGAACAAGAAGAGUGUGGCGUUCUUCGACGCUGAGACCAACGAGCACCUCCACACCUUCACGGACGCGCUCACCGGCAGAGUGUUCCCCUACAUCUGGACCGGUUCUGAAGUCCCGUUCAGGAUUUUACCGCUUCACAUCCACGUCUCCACCCUCUGA